CUUAAAAAGAGUUGUCAAAUUUAUUUAGAUUAUUUACAAUUUAGAUGCAAGACUAGAAAUCACGUUUUAAAAAUAGUGAUCAGAUUUAAAACAAUGUUUAAUAUAUCGGAAUCAAAACUUCCAGAAUGUUUAAAAGAUGAAAAUAGAAUUAAUGUUUUAUUCGCUCCUACCAGAAGUCGUAGUGUUAAUCCCAAAGACUGGGACAACAAGAUAUCUUCAUGGAAGAAUAUUAUAAAAGUUUAUUGUGAUACAAAUGAUGUAUAUACAUUUACGUUUUUGUCUCUUAAUAAAGCGUUUAUUAGAAAUGGAAGACCACCUUCCUGUUUAUCAGAUGUUCUAAAUGAAAUGAAAAAAAGUGGUGAAAUUCAAUCUCUGGAUGAAUUUUUAACAAAGAGUCCUCGAACUUGGAGUGGAUGGGCAACAAAUGUAUUUGUCAAGAGGCCUUUCGCUUGGUCUUACAACAAAUUAAAAAAUUCUGUAUAUACGACAGAUACCAAAGAACAACAAUUAGUGCACUUAGAAGUUAUUAUAUCAAAAUGUAAUGAUUUAAUCAAUUCUAUACCCGACAACUAUAAAAAAAAGUUAAUUAGCUUGAAAGAAUUAUUAAAUAUAUUGAAUAAAGAUUCAACUAAUGUUGAAGAUAUCAAGCUUUUACUUCAUUACAUGUCUAAUCAAAACCUUAUUGACAUAACAUAUUUAAAUAACAAUAAACAAACCGAAUUGGAGACAACUUUAAUAAAAUUUUGUGUUGGAGAAAGUGGUUUGAUAACAGAACUUGAUAUAGGUGUUUACACAUUGGAGAAAAAUGAAAAAAUCAUCCUUAAAAGCAUAGAGGAAAUGGAAGAUAAUAUACAGAGUUGUAUUAAAGAAGCUAAAAUGCAUUUAUCAAAAAAUCAUAGACAGAUGGCUAAAAGUUCAUUGAGAAAGAAGCGUGAUAUGGAGAAGUUGUUAGAGAAAAAAGCGAAUGCUUUGCACAACAUUCAGACCUUACUUCAACAAAUUAAUGAAACACAUACUAAUACGUAUGUAUGGGAAUCCUAUAAGAAGGUGUUGUCAGCUUUUGACAUGAAUUUCAAGAAUACAGGAAUAUCAGAAGAUAUGAUAGAUGAUACAAUGAUUAAAUUAGGAGAGGUACUGGAUAAGAAUCAUGAUAUUCAGACUGCUAUGGCAAUGCCAGCUCAGGAUUUGAACGAAUCAGAUUUAGAAGCAGAAUUAGCAGAUUUACUAAAAGAAGAUGCACCUCAUGAUGAUCCACCUGAUGAUAGUGGACUUAAUACAAGUGAUGUAGAAGAUAAAUUUAAACAUCUAACACUAAAUUUGCCCAAAGUUCCUGAGACUAGUCCAAAUACUUCGCAAAUAGAUGUGGAAGUAGAUAAUCUAAUAGAUUUAAGCUCUUGAUUUUAU